AUGGCCGGCUGGUGGCAGGUGCUGCCACGGGUGGCCAGGCGCUAUCCGUGGCCCACGAAUGUUCUACUCUACGCCACACUCUUCUCAGCAGGCGACGCGCUGCAGCAGCGGCUAAGGGGCGGCCCUGCCGACUGGUGCCAGACGCGGCGCGUGGCCACCGUGGCCGUAGCGUUUCAAGCCAACUUCAACUACGUUUGGCUGCGCUUUCUGGAGCGCGCGCUGCCGGGCCGCGCACCGCGCGCCAUCCUGGCUAAGGUGUUGUGCGACCAGGUGCUUGGCGCGCCCAUCGCUGUCUCGGCCUUCUACGCGGGUAUGAGUAUUCUUCAAGGAAAGGAUGACAUAUUUUUGGACCUGAAACAGAAAUUCUGGAAUACAUAUAAGAGUGGUCUGAUGUACUGGCCUUUCGUCCAGCUAACCAACUUCAGCCUUGUUCCCAUUCACUGGAGAACAGCUUACACCGGACUCUGUGGCUUUCUCUGGGCCACCUUCCUUUGCUUUUCACAACAAAGUGGUGAUGGCACAUUGAGGGCAGCUUUCACCUCCCUUCAUAUAAAGGAGGCCAGUGCAGUUGAAAGGCCCCAAGAGAAAUGA